AUGAUAAUAUUUAGUGACUUUGGUAAAUAUCUGAAAUGAAAAUGCUCGUAACAUUUAGAAGGUGGAACGAAUCUUCAGUUAAAUUCCGUUCCUUUGGUUAUUUUUUAUUCGUUAUAAAAUAUGAAUUUGCACGAAUAUUCGUAAUCUGCUCAUAUAUCGCACUUCUUUUAAUAAUUUUUUAAAGUUGUACAUUUAAAUGUUUCGAAAGGGAAUGACAAAUCGAAUUCAAACGGAAAGGUUGUAACAUUGGCCGAUUGUGAGUGAGUCGCAGCACAUUAAACAUUAAGAUUGUUCCCUCCUCGUGAUUUAUGUUUUCCUUUCGUAAUUCAUCGAUAAUGAGCUUCUUGUUGGAUCUCAUUUCAUUAUUCACGUAAUCAUUCGUGUUUUCUCAAUACGUUACAGGGGGCAUAUGUUGGUCUUCCAUCAGCAACGGACGGUGUAAGGAAUUAUUGUCGCAAGGAGUGACGAAGGAGGAUUGCUGCGCCUCGAACGCAGCGGCUGCGACCGCGUACUCCGAGGAGGACCUCGACAGCGGGAGUCUCUUUUUUUGGCGGGUGCUCGGAGGAGGUGUGCAGUGCCGCCCUUGCAGAGAAAGCUGCGCGGAGGUGAGGUGCGAGGAGGGGAAGAAGUGCGUGGUGCGUAGGGGAAGACCAAGGUGCGUGUGCAGCCCGGAGUGCAAGGCACCGAGGGGCGGAGGUCCGGUUUGCGGGACUGACGGCAAAAGCUAUAAAAAUUUGUGCAGACUGAAGAAACGCGCCUGCAAGAAAGGAAGCCACGAGCUAGCGGUUGCCUAUAACGGCCACUGCCAAAGUGAGUAUGUAUAAAAGAGAUAGAAUCAUUAUCAUCGCCCCUUUGCAAUUGAAUAGCCACGGAAAAUAGCCAUUCAGGAUUUCAAAUUCAGCGAAAGUAUUUGGAAUCAUAAAGUAUAUUUACCUUCAGAACAUGAUACUUUGUGUAACUACAAAUAAAUACGUGCAGAAAUUAAAUGGCACAGUUUCUUUUACAUCAUUUGAACAUUAUUAAUUUUCUCUUGAAGAACGUAGAAAUUUCUUUACGCAGUAUAAAUCCUUCUUAUCGUAGUAUAUUUCGUCUUAACUUCUAGUUACAUCUUGAUUCAUUGAUUUAAUUGUUGACCGAGUUAAAAUUACUUUUCUUUUUUAAAUUCGAUAAAUAAUACAGAAUUAAAAAUGGCAUUUUCGAUGCUGUUCAAUUGCAACGAUCACGUGCUACUUCGAAACAUUUCCCUAAAAUCAUUCAUUGA